AUGGCCCUUCGAAGCUCAAUCCAUCGCAAUCCUUCUCCGGCGCCUCCGGACAAACUCCAUCCGAUGAGACGACACAAUCCAGCGAAGUGGCAAAUCCGGGGCAACCUCGGACGUCUUCGCAUCGUUCCGUCGUCUUCAAACACUUCGACCACACAUCUGCACAAUGCACCCCUCACAGCGUAUAACUUACGUCCUUCUGCGAGACCGACAUUCCCCUCAACGCACCGACUCAGCUUACGAGCAGGAUCACGACGACACGCGGACUCGGAAGAUGCGGAGAAGCAGGAGAAUAAGACGGACAGCCUCGCUCAUCAGCUUGCAGCGGCGUUGAGUGUAAAGCAUGCGGAGGGGAAAGAUAACAACGAGGAAGAAGGCGAGGAGAAGGAAGCGCAAGGAGUCAGUCUAUGCGAAGCAGCUGAUGGGUGUCAGGAACUCGGCAAAGAACUGCGAAACUUCUGGAUGCUGAGCAGACCUAACAGUCCCGCUCCGUCCAUCGCCGGAGGCAGCGUGCGCGCCGGCCGAUCCGGUGGUGUGCACAGGAGUAUCACUCCCGCUACAGAGUACAAAGCUAUAAAGAACGGCUCUCCGACAAAGACUCCGACGAUGAUGGCAACGACAACGAAAUCGAAGACGUCGAUUAAUCUGCCGAACCUGGAAUCGAACUGGAACUACAAGGCCCAACUGAGGGCAUGGACAACAGCACCUUACCGGACAUACAAAUCCCAACCAAGGGCACGGACGACGACCGCGAUGAAGUCAUGGAUCCCGAUCGCCGAAACUCGUCAAGCCUCCUCUGCACAAUCCGAGAGAGCGUCCCGACGAAGCUAA